AUGCUUUCAUGGAGCCCUUUAGCCAACUUCUUUUGGGACUUACAGUGCAAAAUAUAUUUUCUGCUUGUAGGGAUUUGUUCUGCCUUGAAAUUGACAGUACCAUCUCAUACCAUCCAUGGUAUUGAGGGGCAACCACUUCAUCUUUCUGUUGACUACAAUUUCAAUGCUACAGCUUCUGAAAUCCAGAUAAUUUGGCUUUUUGAGAGGUCUCAAAGUAAUCCAAAAUAUUUGCUUGGCUCUGUAAAUCAAAAAGUAAUUCCAGACUUGGAAUACCAGCACAAGUUUACCCUUAUGCCACCGAAUGCAUCUUUGAGGAUUAACCCAUUGCAUCUCAGUGAUGAAGGCAAUUACAUUGUAAAAGUCAAUGUCCGUGGAAAUGGGACCAUAGCUGCAAGUCAAAAGAUUCAAGUUGCUGUUGAUGUUCCAGUCACAAAGCCAACUGUACAUACCGAACCAUCUUCAGGAGUAGUGGAGUAUGUAGGGAAUAUUACCCUAAAAUGUACUGUGGAUAGAGGAACAAGGGUAGUUUACCAGUGGAUGAAAAAUGGGAAGCGUCUUCAUGCUGGCCCUAAUUAUAUCUUUUCAUCAAACAAUGCUACACUUCUAAUUGUUCCUGCAGUAAAAGAAGACAUUGGGAAUUACAGCUGUCUGGUAUCUAACCCUGUCAGUGCAAUGGAAAGUGAGAUAAUUGCACCAACCAUAUAUUAUGGACCUUAUGGACUUAGAGUCAAAUCAGACAAAGGUCUGAAUAUAGGGGCAGUGUUUACAGUGGACGUGGGGCAAGUUGUACUGUUUGACUGCUCAGCAGAUUCAAACCCACCAAAUACCUAUUCAUGGAUUCAAAGGGAUGACAAUACCACUCAAGUAAUCAAAUAUGGACCCCAUCUGGAAGUUGUAUCUGAUAAAGUGGCCCAGAAGACAAUGGAUUACAUGUGCUGCGCUUUCAACAAUGUGACUGGGAAACGAGAUGAAACUCACUUCACAGUUGUUGUUACGUCUGUAGGGUUGGAAAAGCUGGCCCAGAAAGGAAAAUCUUUGUCUUCUCUUGCAGUAAUAACAGGAAUUUCAUUAUUUUUGAUCCUAGCUAUGGCCUUUUUAUUCCUAUGGAAAAGGUAUCAGCCACAUAAAGUGAUACAACAGAAGCUACAGAGCAGGGCAGAGGCUGAUUACAGAAAGGCACAGGCAUUUUCAGGACAUGAAAGUGCUUUGGAUGAUUUUGGGAUAUAUGAAUUCAUCACUUUUCCAGAUCUUACCAGUGGCUCUAGGGUUUCAAGUCAAUCUGUUCCUGGCCCUGGCUUUGUUGCAGGCCAGGAUAUGCUAAGUACGGUUUAUGAAGUUAUUCAGCACAUUCCUGAGCAGCCAGAACAAGACCACCAACAGUAA